AUGCAUCAUCUUACCAACGACGAAUUUUUUUCUCGGCUCGCCGAACUUUUUCACACACAAAAGGGCAAAGAUCAUGGCGCAAUAUACCUGAGCCAGAGACGACUGGUGCGCGGUGAAAAGGACGCUUUGGGAACCGAUGCGGAUGACAACUCAGACAACUGGAUUUUGGAGCCACAAGCACUUAUUAUUCGCGCAACCAACGGCAAGUCCAAGAAGCACCGCAAGGAAAAGAUUCGGUUAACGACAACAGUAGCACCGGAUGCACUGACAGGCUUCUACGCGCGCUACGCGGAGACGUGCAAGGCUGGGAUGACGCUUUUAAAACCGCGCGAUAAAAGCAAGAAAAAGGCCAAGGCGAAGAAGAAGAAGUCUACCACAACGACACCGGGCCCAUGA